GUUAUGAAGCCAAAUCAGUGACGGAGUGGGAUAGCGUUGACACCUACAUCUUCAUUUGGGAAGAGGAAGUAGUCUGUUGAAUAUUACUAUUUAUGUUUCCUCAUGCCGGUUUUUCCCUGCCCAGCCACUAUAAAUGCCAGCAUCAUGGCCAUCAAAAUCAAGCAAAGCCCCUAGGACCACACGUAAAAAAUAUAUACUGCAAGGACAAUGUUUGGCCUUUGCGUAAUGCAGGUGAGUGAGAAUUAAUUUUGUGUUCUUUUUGCCAAAUCAAAGUAAAGAUAUUUCAUUUAAUGGAUAGUGUUAUGGUGUAUUUUUUUCAAUUUCAACGUUCAAUCAAUUUAAUAUGUUUUCACACAGUGCAUACUCUGUAUUUACAUGUUCCUUCCCUUCACAGGUUUUGUUUUUGGGCGUUUUAUUUGUGACUGUAAGAACGACCUCGUUACCAUGCCACGAAGAAGGACACCUGAAAGAAAAAGCUCUGAGAAGGCACAAAAUCCAGCCUAGUGAGCAUACAGAGAGAGUACAAGAGGAGACCCCAGUGAAAUGCCCGGUCGAACUUUACACUGGUUUUGGCAAAUCUCUGAAGGACCGCUCCAUCUCCCCCUGGCGAAUCGUGUAUGAAACAGAAGAGGGCCGAUUCCCGGAGACGAUUGCUGUAGCUCAGUGCCUGUGCGAGGGCUGUAUCUUGAUGAACAUCGACGAUAAGAAGCCAUGGGAGGAUAACACCUAUGGCUCAGUAACGGUCAAGCAGAGCAAGCGGUUCUUGAGGAAGGAGCUGUGCGAGGAUGGCGAAAGAUACCGGCUGAUACCGUACUCCAAAGACGUGGCCGUAGGAUGCACUUGCAGCACCAGUCGGAUAUAAAUAUACAAUCUGUUGGAUUCACCUUGUUGUAUUUGUUUUAAAAUGCAAUCUGACGUGUGAUGGAGAUCGUGCCGGAGUCGUUAUAGACCCCUUUGUUGAUCAUCGCCAACGUCAUUAUCGUCCCAUUUGAAGUUGACAACGUCAUCAAAUACAUACUGGUAUACUAUCAUAUAGUAAUAGGCUGUUAUUAAGCCUAUAACGUGAAGCUAUGUAAAUUAUUCAUAACAAUAUUUAAUUGAAAUUGUAUUUAAGUUAUUUAUUAGAUUUAUUUUGGUGUGGUCGUUUAUGAUGUUAAUAAAGUGCAAAUAAGAAACAAUGUAUUAACUUGCUUUUUGUGCUAGUAGGCCUGGCUGGUUGUGGAUUUAAAAUACAUUGCUCUUUGAAUACACUGAAUAUACACUUUGAAUACGCUCUUUGAAUAAUCAAUACACUGCUGUUAGGUUAAAAUCAUUUUUUAUUAGCUAUAACUAAUACAUAUUUCAAGGCGUCUCUUAACGUUAGUCCGUGUGACAUGUUUUGUACGUUGCUAAUAUAUAUAUAUAUAUUUAUUUAGGUAGCUCUAUGGUUAGAUGUUCACCCCUUCGCCUCACUUCACUUUCACUCACAUACGUAUUGUGUUCACUUGGGGAAGAAGGAGGGAAAACCCAGUUAGGUUGUCAACUAUCUUCUUUUUGAGCGUGGUUAUCUUCUUCCCAUAGAAAACAAACCAAAACAAAUAAAAUCAAUCAAACUUCUUAACA